GUCGCGCUGUUGUUCGGGGUGCGGAGCGCGCAGAAUUGGCAUUCGCGGGUGGACCACAGUCUUAUUCAGCACAUCAUCACCACCACCACCACCAAGAUGCACUGGGCGGCUGUGGCCUGUGUGCUGCUGUUGGCAGUGGGGCUGGCCUGCGGAGAGAUGCCGCGCUCCGACCAGCUCGCCGGCGGAAAUUUUGUCGAGGAAGGUCCCUGGAACCGGUUCCGUGAUGAGGAUUACUUUCGCUCCUGGGAGCAAGCCAAGCCAUUUGACCAAGGACUCGACCCUUCCAAGGACCCCUGCCGCAACGUCAAAUGCAGCCGGCGCAAGGUGUGCGUUGCCCGCGACUACAGCUCCGCCAGCUGUGUCAGCCGCAAGCGCCUCGUGCACAGCAUGAAACACACCAAGGUGGCACAGCGGCCUGCUGAACCAGCAGAGGGACCUGGGGGCUGCAAGAGCUGCCCUGUGGUGCGGCCAUCACCGGUGUGCGGCACGGAUGGACACACCUACUCCUCGCAGUGCAAGCUGGAGUACCAGGCGUGUGUGACCAGAAAGCAGAUGGCGGUGAAGUGUGCCACCUCGUGCCCCUGCCACACGGAGAACAGCACCCCCAGCACAAGCGACAAAGACGUGUGCUCGGACCGUGAGCUGACGGACAUGGCGUCACGCCUCAAGGACUGGUUUCGUGUUCUGCACCAGCAAGCGGUCACCAAUGCAGCGAGAGAAACUGGGGGCCACGCGCAGCCCACGGACCCCACCGCCUUCGACACCAGCAUGCUGCCCAUCUGCCGGGACCACGUCGGGUGGAUGUUCAACCGAUUGGACUCCAACCACGACCUCUUCCUGGACCAGGGUGAGCUCAGCACCAUGGGCCUUGGCCGCGGGGUGGCGGGUGGCCUGGAGUCGCCCGAGAGACACGAGCCCUGCCUCUCCACCUUCCUGGACAAGUGCGAUACCUACAGCGACAGCCUGCUCUCCAACAACGAGUGGUGCUUCUGUUUCCAGCGUCAAAAGCCCCCAUGCCAUGCGGAGAAAGAAAAACUUCAACAUAGCAAGAAGCUCGUGGGCGGGUUCAUACCCACGUGCGACGAGCAGGGCUACUACGGACCCAAGCAGUGCCAUGGCAGCACAGGCCAAUGCUGGUGCGUGGACCAGUAUGGCAAGGAGACCCCGGGCACUCGCUUGCAUGGGGAGCCCAGCUGUGGUGAAAGAAAGACAGAGGAGAUCACGGCGAGUGAGGAAGAGGAAGAGGUGGAAGGCUCUGGCGACCUGGGCAGCGGGGAUGUGGCGGAAUGGACGGAUGAUGACGAUGAAGAUGACGACGAUGAUGAUGAUGUCGACGGCAACGAAGAUGAUAGAAAUGAGAAAGAAAAUGAAGGAGUGGGUGGAAAACCAGAGGCCGAGGAUCUGACCAAGAUGAAAGUGGCUGGGCGGGAGAGAGAGCAAGAAAAGGAGGUGGAAGUGGAACCAGAGGAAGACCCAGAUGAUGAGGAUGAGAGUGAUGAUGGCUACGUGUGGUAGAUGCGCUGGGUCUAGAUGUGGCGGGCGGGGGGGAAGCAGCGGAGGGAUGGGGGUUCAGGCGGGCAGGGCUACGUACAGUGGUAGGGGCAACAUGGAAACCUUGAACACGGGCUUUGGUUGGGGAAGGGGCACAGAUGAAACCCCUGCUGUUCGAUGAUUAAUCCUGAAACACGAGCUGUCCUGGAGGCUCACCAGAGAAAGAGUCCCACACCAAUCUCUAAACUCGUAGUUUGGUCGAAUAUUGAAUACAAAUUAUAACACUCACAUUUGAUCUCCUGACACAAUAAACUAAACUAACCUUUUUAUUUUACCAGAUUAGGUCCACUGAGCUAUAUAGCUCUUUUUCAGAAGCGACCUGGCCACAAAUUAUAGCUCAACUAAGUGGCUUAUCGUGUGGAAAUUUAUAGCAGCCAAAUACUCUAAACGCAUGUUUUUGAAUGUGGAGGGGAAAACAGGAGGACACGGAUAAAAAUCCACGCGGCCACGGGGAGAACAUGCAAACUCGAAAUGUCAAAGCGUCAGGGUUGGGAUCGCUCCCACGACCUUUCUGUAUACCAGGCGUGGUAGUUAACAUCUCACCACUACGGUGCCCCACUUACAAUGGGACAGGGUUUUGAUCAAAAAUAAAUCCACCUCAGACAUACCAUGACUUAUUUACCAAUUGUUUGCCAUUAUAAUAAUGGAAAAAAGUUUGGCCCAAUACAUUUUUAUUUGAAUUAAGGGUAAACAUGAUGUGAACCAAUUUCUACGUGACAUUAAUUCGAUAAUGUAUCAUUCAUGCGACUUGGUUUUACCUGUGUUGUGUGCAGUACCACAAGACAACACGGAUGAUAAUAUAUUUUCAUCUCUCUUCCAUGAUUUAGGAAAAAAAUCUCCCAUGAUGUCUAAUGGAAAUUAUUGACAAUUGAACUAAAGAAAUUACACACAGUGGGUUUGUUGUUCUAUCAGGGUAAUGUACGUUCAUCACGAAGCAAUCAGGGUAAUGUACAUUCAUUCGCACCUUUGAUUUGCACGGUUGGCUGUGUACGGUGCGAAAGAAGUUCAACAUACAUGAAGCAACCAACUUUGAUAGUUUCAGUUGGUAGCACCAUGGUCUCUGCUGUGAUGUAAAUCCAGGUCAUAUGCGCAGAGUAGGUGAAAGUUCAAUCAUCGUGUGGUUAAUUAUGACUUUAAAAUAUUGAGUGUUUUCACUCAGAGGAAGAGAAAACCCAACAUUCAUCAUUUGUCAGUGGGGUAAAAUUAAAAGUGACCCGAGGUCCUUGUGUUUUGUCGGAGAGAUGUUUCUAGCUGCCUGUGAAAUGAGAGUUUGUAAUGGAAUUUUUGAGAUGGGCAAUUCCCCCAUCACACGGUUUGUGAUGCAUCAAGAAUAGCCCUCAGUGGCCACUGGUUACUCAGCUGCGUUUUGAGAUUCACAUAUAGGGCAACACUUCGCACACACUUACACUGCCCUCUGCGGGAAGGUGUGGAGAAAGCAGACACAAAUAUCCCACCAAUCCUCAUUUGAUACCCAAACAUCGUACCUGCUGUCUUUGACAUUCUCCGAAGACACUGGUGUAACCAUCAACCACAUCAUAACAUCAAGAGGGUAAUGUGCACAUCUCCUUAAUAUAUUGAAAUAAAAAAACAGCCACAUUUCGAUUGUGGCCAUGCAACCAAAUUAUGGAGCAUAUAGCAGAGGUGUGGACUCGAGUCAUGUGACUUGGACUCGAGUCAGACUAGAGUCAUGAAUUUGAUGACUUCAGACUCGACUUGGACUUGCAUAACAAUGACUUUGUCCCACCUCUGAGGUGUGGACUCGAGUCAUGUGACUUGGACUCGAGUCAGACUCGAGUCAUGAAUUUGAUGACUUCAGACUCGACUUGGACUUGCAUAACAAUGACUUUGUCCCACCUCUGAGGUGUGGACUCGAGUCAUGUGACUUGGACUCGAGUCAGACUCGAGUCAUGAAUUUGAUGACUUCAGACUCGACUUGGACUUGCAUAACAAUGACUUUGUCCCACCUCUGAGGUGUGGACUCGAGUCAUGUGACUUGGACUCGAGUCAGACUCGAGUCAUGAAUUUGAUGACUUCAGACUCGACUUGGACUUGCAUAACAAUGACUUUGUCCCACCUCUGAGGUGUGGACUCGAGUCAUGUGACUUGGACUCGAGUCAGACUCGAGUCAUGAAUUUGAUGACUUCAGACUCGACUUGGACUUGCAUAACAAUGACUUUGUCCCACCUCUGAGGUGUGGACUCGAGUCAUGUGACUUGGACUCGAGUCAGACUCGAGUCAUGAAUUUGAUGACUUCAGACUCGACUUGGACUUGCAUAACAAUGACUUUGUCCCACCUCUGAGGUGUGGACUCGAGUCAUGUGACUUGGACUCGAGUCAGACUCGAGUCAUGAAUUUGAUGACUUCAGACUCGACUUGGACUUGCAUAACAAUGACUCUGUCCCACCUCUGAGGUGUGGACUCGAGUCAUGUGACUUGGACUCGAGUCAGACUCGAGUCAUGAAUUUGAUGACUUCAGACUCGACUUGGACUUGCAUAACAAUGACUUUGUCCCACCUCUGAGGUGUGGACUCGAGUCAUGUGACUUGGACCCGUGUCAGACUCGAGUCAUGAAUUUGAUGACUUCAGACUCGACUUGGACUUGCAUAACAAUGACUUUGUCCCACCUCUGAGGUGUGGACUCGAGUCAUGUGACUUGGACUCGAGUCAGACUCGAGUCAUGAAUUUGAUGACUUCAGACUCGACUUGGACUUGCAUAACAAUGACUUUGUCCCACCUCUGAGGUGUGGACUCGAGUCAUGUGACUUGGACUCGAGUCAGACUCGAGUCAUGAAUUUGAUGACUUCAGACUCGACUUGGACUUGCAUAACAAUGACUUUGUCCCACCUCUGAGGUGUGGACUCGAGUCAUGUGACUUGGACUCGAGUCAGACUCGAGUCAUGAAUUUGAUGACUUCAGACUCGACUUGGACUUGCAUAACAAUGACUUUGUCCCACCUCUGAGGUGUGGACUCGAGUCAUGUGACUUGGACUCGAGUCAGACUCGAGUCAUGAAUUUGAUGACUUCAGACUCGACUUGGACUUGCAUAACAAUGACUUUGUCCCACCUCUGAGGUGUGGACUCGAGUCAUGUGACUUGGACUCGAGUCAGACUCGAGUCAUGAAUUUGAUGACUUCAGACUCGACUUGGACUUGCAUAACAAUGACUUUGUCCCACCUCUGAGGUGUGGACUCGAGUCAUGUGACUUGGACUCGAGUCAGACUCGAGUCAUGAAUUUGAUGACUUCAGACUCGACUUGGACUUGCAUAACAAUGACUUUGUCCCACCUCUGGUGUAUAGUAGUGUAGUGUAUAGUAGUGUAGUGUACUAGUACAGUACUAGUGUGUAGUGUAGUAAACAACAAGUGUAGUCUGCGCUCCUUCAACGGAGGGAUCGCGUAACUACACGGACUCCUGAAGCGCUCUCGUGGCGAGCAGAUCUCUCGUGGCGAGCAGAUCUCUCGUGGUGAGCAGAUCUCUCGUGGCGAGGAGAUCUCUCGUGGCGAGCAGAUCUCUCGUGGCGAGCAGAUCUCGACAUUAGCAUUUAGCUCCUGAACAUAUUUCCAUCAUUCGCAAGAGUAUCAUGUAUUUUGAUCUUGACUAUAAUUACCAUUAGAAAAAAACAACACCCAUUGAUUUUAGUAUACCCUUCGGAGCAGAAAAAUAUACAAUGGGUUAAACUUUUCAAUCGCUGUGUGAUGUAACCAAAUGGACAUGUUUCAUUUACACGCUUCACCUUAAUGGUAAGUUUUAAAAAUUCUAAGCAAAUAGAAAAGAUAAUACUAAUCAACGGGAAAUAUUUAACACUUCCAGUUUAUUAUUCCGUUGAAACAAAACUACAUUUAAAUUAUAAGUUGCAAAGUUACUUUGCUCCGAUAUAAAAUUAAAAGUUCAGUAAACCCUUAGGACAUAAUAUAAUCAGCACAAUGCAAUAACAGAGACAGCUUAAUUCAGAAAAGGUGUCCCAUUUGAGUCUUGUUUUUUUCAUAGAUACAGUAUGCACUCCCUCUCACUUAUCAGACAGUGCACUUCCUCCACUACCCACACACGCCAGAGUUACCAAGCACCACAUGCGCAAUCCAGCAGGGGAUUGUAGAAUAUAUAGAGGUCAUCAGAGCAGAGCUGAGGCCAAACCCAGCAUUGACCACGGGGGAACUGAACACGUGCUGCAGAUAUGACCGCGACUUCCAUAAGAAACUGCUCAUUGCUUCAUGUUCGUUCUUUAAUUUACGAUAUCAAUUGCAUAUAUAUACAGCGUAUAUAUUUUAUUUUCUGGGUAUUGAGAUUAAUAAAAAGGAAAUUACUGGGAAGGCUGUGAAUAUUAUUCAGCUUUUUUGACUUUUUUGGAUAUUUCCUGUGGUGUUUAGGGUUAUUUACAUGCUAUCAUAAAUUUGUGCAUUUUAAAACACUUUUCUGGCUGCUUUAUCAGUAAGUGUACUUUUGUAUUUCUAAUUCUUACAUGGAAGGGCAUUCAUGUGUCUCUGUAAGGUCUUGCUUAAAGGGAAACACUCAGUUCUUUUCUUUGCCUUUUGGGAAAAGACUCACUGCACACACAGAUGGCUUUUUAAAGAUUAAUAUGCAAUUUCCCAGGCAGGAGAAAACAUUUCCCGAUAUUGGGUGUCACAGUACUGAAUACAAAAUUAUCGGGCCAUAAACAUGUGCAUUUUAAAUGUAAAAUGUAACAAGACAUUCAUGGCUCCAGUAGAGCUACUCAGUUGUUACAGAGUGUGCAUACUGCUCUUAUUUUCAGGGCACUUUAUUUCUGCAUGCACAUUUUUUUUUAUUUGGCUCACGCAUGAAAAACCAAGUCACUAUUAAUAUACUGUGCAAAACUGCCCCCAACAUUUUGAGUGACCCUAUGAAACUAUAUGAAUUUAAAUUGUUAUUUUUCUCGAGAGCUGGGACUGUCACAUGAAUAUAAACGUGUGAUAUUCAAACACUUAGCUUCUUUAUAGACGUCGGUUUUUGUUUCAGGAAAUGGAAACAACUGACAGCUUUCCCUGGAUGGAGACUCCCUUUUAAUGUCAUGCCAAGCUUUGGGUUUGCGGAAUGUCUGCUGUCAAAAAACUAAAGGCUCCAAUUAAUGUGUUUUGGUGGCUAUUAAUAAUGUAAGUAGCUGCAUAGUAUGCUCGUAAAUGUAUCUAAAGAGAAAAAAACAUGUAGUCCUUGAAUCUCGUUAACAUUAUCGUUUGCUAGAUUUUGGAAUUUAACGACUGUGCGUGCGUUUGAGCCCUUUCACUCCAUUCUGCAUGGUGUUUAGCUAUAUAGCCAUCUGUGUAUGUAUCCAUCUCCUUACUAUUCAAUAGCUAAACAUAUAUAGUAAAAUAAACAUUGGUCGGGCGUUUGGUUUAAACAUUAUUGUGUUCUUGGCCACUUUGUACGCAGAAAUAUGUUUUGAUUAAUGCUUUGGUGUGUUGUGCUUCGUAACAGCGGGUAUUCUGACAUCAGUGCCACAUAACACUCCACAACUACAAAAUUAAAACGCCUGCCCGACUUCAUUGACAUUGUCUUUUAAAAGGAAACAUACCAGAGGGUUUACGGCUUCACUAGCAUUUUUUUAUCACAGCGUUAAGCUGUCAAAUAUUUUGGCCUUUGGAUAUAUGUGAAUACAGUGGACAGAUCCUAGGAAUUUCAUGGUAGGAUGAGGUAAAGAACUUGUAUGUUGGAAAUUAGAAGCAAGAAAGAAGUGUCGAUAUGAUCAGCAGGUCUUUCUUUGUAAAAGGUUUCAGUUUGGUGUUUUAACAUCUUAACACCUGUUUGUUCCCAGAAAAAAGGGGAAAACCUAUUCUCAUGAUCAGUAGGUUGUUAUGGGUGGAACACGUGUAUAGGAUGGUGGAAGGCAGGCCACGGUAAUAAUUAUAGUGAUAAUUAGGCAUGCACCGAUUCAGUGCCCCAAUAAAAUUGAUGUCAUGUUUGUAUCGUCUCAUUUAUGUCCUACUCAUACAUUCCUUCCUCAAGUAAAGAAUUACAUUUGAGGGGGAGUCCUGGAGCAUCUAGAAAAGAUGAUUUUGUUCAAAGAAUGCAGAAUUAUAGGAUGAAAACAUUAAUACAUUGAUUGUGCAGCCAUAUGUUGGAUAGAAAAUACAAUAAAAACUAUUAAAAGUGGA